UAGCAUAACAGUUUUCUGAAAAAUUGAAAUCAAAAUCCCCGCCAAAGGCCUGGAAUCGAUAAUAAAUGGAAAAACCUCCAAGAAGAGCAGAUAGCGGCGAAUGGCGAUGGAGAGCGGAAUGAUAUCAGUGGACAGGUGGGGGAAUGGAAGCCAGGCCUACUUCCUCACCCACCUCCACGCCGACCAUACACAGGGACUCUCUCCUUCAUGGCGGAAAGGCCCACUCUUCUGCUCCCGCGUCUCCGCCGUCCUCUUCCCUUCCAAGUUCCCCGGCUUCGACCUCUCCCUCCUCCGUGUCGUCGAUGUCGGCAACUGGUAUUCCCUUUCCCUCCUCUCCCCCUCCUCCGCCUCCUCUACCCAUGUCCACUUCAUGCCCCUCGACGCUCACCACUGCCCAGGAGCGGUCAUGUAUUUGUUUCGUGGUGAAUUUGGUUGUGAGCUUCACACUGGGGAUUUUCGUUGGGAAGAAAGAAGUGAUAGAGCACUUAUUGGAAGGGAAAUGCUACUCAAUGCUCUGAAGGAUGUAAAACUUGAUUUCCUGUACAUGGACAAUACUUAUUGCAAUCCAUCAUAUUCCUUUCCUUCUCGUGAAGUGGCUGCUAGGCAGGUUGUGAAUAUCAUUGCCUCCUAUCCUAAGCAUGACGUUGUCAUUGCUAUUGACUCGUUGGGGAAAGAAAACCUUCUGGUAUACAUAUCCCGUGUACUCAAAAUAAAGAUUUGGGUGUGGCCAGAGCGCCUGCAAACCAUGCAUCUGCUUGGUUUCCGUGACAUCUUUACAACUAAAACUUCUCUUACCAGAGUCCGUGCAAUUCCUCGUUACAGUUUUAGCAUUGAGACUCUUGAAGCUUUGAAUAUAAGGCGUCCUACAAUAGGAAUCAUGCCAUCUGGACUUCCAUGGUUAGUGAAAACAGAUGGGGGAAAUAACAAUACAUUUGGCUCUUCUCGUUUAGUUUGUAACCAUGACGAGAGCAGUUGGCACUCAAAUGCUGCCACUAGCAGCAAGCCAAGCUGUCCAAAUAAAGAUUCAAACAUUUUUGAAAGAUACCAUCAAUAUAUAUAUACCGUUCCAUAUUCUGAUCACUCUUGCUUUGCUGAGUUACAAGAUUUUGUCAAGCUUCUAAAACCAGUUAAUAUUAAAGGCAUUGUCACUAAAGCUCCUUGUUGCAUUAACCCCAUGUAUUACUUUGGACAUCUUUGUGGAACAAAGCAAGCAUCAAAAGUGUUGCACCAGAAGCCAGGAACCAUAAGAAUCGACAGAGUUGAAGCUGCUCGUAUUAAGUCUUCUACUCGAAGUGGUGACUCUAGGGUAAAGAGGAAAAAGAGUGUUAAAAAGUUGGAGCAUGCAACUGUUCAUGUUGGUAGGGUUAGCAUAUUGAGAAGAGUGCGGCGUGGGGCAAAGAUUCUGGAUACAGAUUGUAUUGAUUAACUGCUAACUCCCAUAUAGAAAGUGAGAUUCUUCCCAUUUCGUGCUGCAAAUACUAUAGCCACUGAAGGUAACAUCCUUACUCUGCUAGAUCCCAGAUUGCGGGGGGGUUGCAGAUAUCGAUGAGGCAUCAAGAACCUGCAAAGUUGCCCUCUGGUGCAUCCAAGAUGAUGAAAAACACAGGACAUCAAUGGGUCAGGUUGCUCAAAUUCUUGAAGGAGUUUUAGAUGUGGGCUUUCCCCUUAUACCCAGAUCUCUUGAAUUGUUUGCCAAUAACCAGGAGACCAUUGUUUUCUUCACUGAGCCGUCCUCAACUAAGAGCAGCUCACAUUCUCACAGCACCUCUUCAAAUGCUUCCUCUCAAACAGAAAACAACCCAUCAUAAUCAAUCGUAAGGAAGUUAGUAAACGUAUUCUUUUAUCUUUUUUCUUCAGUUUUUCAUUUCUCAU